UUUACGAGUAAGUCAGUGUAAGUUGAAUGAGUGGCCUUUGCAAUAUUAUACUACUACUAUUAAAAUGAAAGAAGCUAUUGUAUCAAAUUGUGAGCGAGCCUUUCUUAGAAAGGCACUCUCUGAAGGUACCCGAUUGGAUGGCAGACAAUUCGACGAAUUCAGAAAUAUUAGUAUAAGCUUUGGAACUGACUGGGGAUGUGUUCAAGUUUCUUUAGGAGAAACUAAAGUAUUAGCUCAGGUUUCUUGCGAAGUCGCAUUACCAAAACAAACAAGACCAAAUGAAGGACUUUUAAAUAUAAAUGUAGAAUUAAGUCCAAUGGCAUCUCCAUAUUUUGAAGCCGGUAGAAUGACUGAGGAAUGCAUUCAAAUAAAUAGAAUUUUAGAGAAAGCCCUAAAAGAUUCCAGGGCUGUUGACUUAGAAUCACUAUGUAUAGUCGCCGAGGAUAAAGUAUGGGCAAUAAGGGUUGAUGUAACUGUUCUAAAUCAUGAAGGCAAUAUAAUGGAUUGUGUUUCAAUAGCCGCUUUAUUGGCUCUUUCACAUUUCAAGCGCCCAGAUGUGACCACCACCGGAGAACAAAUCAUAAUUCACACUAUACAGGAUAAGGAUCCUCUGCCUAUUGUUCUUCAUCAUUAUCCAGUUUGUGUAACUUAUGCCAUUUUUGAAGAAAAUAAUACAAUAAUUUCGGAUCCAUCUAUAUUAGAAGAAAAGGUAGCUGACGCUCAGUUAGUAUUUGGUGUAAAUGCAUUUCGAGAACUUUGUGGUCUUCAUUUAGGUGGUAGUGCUCUGACCUCUCCAGAAUUAAUACUUUCAUGUGCAAAUAAAGCUGCAGCUAGGGCCGUUUGGGUAGUUCAAUUAAUCAAAGAUGCUAUUGAAAAAGACACCACACAACGAAAUUCUAUGAAUGAUGUUGGGUUUGAUAAAUGUAUAGAAGAAAAAAAACUAACGGCUCUUGCCUAUGAAAGAAUUCCUGUAAAAUUGCGAAAAUGGAAUCCAAAUCUGGAUCUUACGAAUAAUAAACGACCAGGUAAUGGAUUCAAUAAACACUUUCGUUUUAAUGAUAAUGAUGAUGAUAAAAUGGAUGAGGAGGUUGCACAUAACACUCUUAUAAAAAGUGUAGGCGCGGGAUCUGCGGAAGUUACAAGUAAAACAAUUAAAUUUGGUGAAGGUUUGAUGAAUCUGAAAAAUUCUUGGUUUCCAGAAAAACAAGAGUUAUCAGACCUUGAUAGUUCUUGUGAUGAAGAAGAGCAAAACUUGUCUGCUAAGCAUGAAAGUAAAGACAAUAGUUGCAUUGAGAAAAAUAUUAAAUCUGAUACCGCUGAUGCCGAAUCUGCAAGGGCUGGAGAAGCAACUAUUAAAUUCGGCGAGGGUUCAGAAAAUACUUGGAUUAAAGGAAAGAAAGAGCGAAUAGUGCCUGAUAGUUCUGAUGGUGAAGAAGAACCAAAGCCCGUUGUUAAGCCCAAUGGUAAAAAAGGUUUGGAAACAACAUGUAACGUAAUUGUUAUUGAUUCUGAAAGCAGUGAGGAGGAAGUGGUUCUGUUAGAAGAAGAAAUAGUUAAGAUUGACUUAACUGUUUCUUCAAAUGAUAAUUGA